GCUCAGCAGAGAGCAAGCAAAUACUUGUAAUGUGAGAAAGAACGACAGCAGAAUAAGAGGAGGAACUUUCUCGAACAAAAACAAGAAAACGAGCGACAACGCUGGACGCUGUUUUCAAAAAGCGUUAAGUUGGGUUACCCGGCCUGAGCAGCUCAAACAUGCACACAAGGAGGGUGGAACCCAAGUUGCAAUUGAAAUCGGGCCAUCAUCAAGGAUUGUUGUGACUCAACAUCAGCGAAGAGGUUCCUGCAAAGUGGAGAGUGGCGAUGGAAAGAGAUGGCGGCAAGGAAAAGGACGACGAGGGGGAAAGAGAGGAACGGGCCAAAAAAAAACAGCAGAAGCGUUCAAAAGUUUGGAAUCAUUUCAAACUCAAGAAGACAGACAACGUGGUGCAAUGUCUGCGCUGUCCAACGGAGCUGGAGGACAAGAAGUCAGUGAAGAACGUCUUCCCUCUGAGCAGCAGGAGUGGAAUUCCAGGAUGGAGGAGAAGGAACCACAGCCCCCCCAUAUUAAAGAGGAAGAGAAGGAACCACAGCCCCUUCACAUUAAAGAUGAACCGGAGGAGCCACAGCCCCCUCACUUGAAAGUAGAAGAAACACACUCACACCAUUUUAGAGAGGAAGAGGAGGAGCCACAGCAUUUCCAUGUUAAAGAGGACAAGCAGGAUCCACAUCCCCCUCACAUUAAAGAGGAAGAGGAGGAGCCACAGCCACCCUAUGUUGGAGAGGAAGAGGAGGAUCACAGCAUCAGUCAGGAGAAGCAUGAAAUAAUGGUGGAGUUUCCGGUUGUUGUCCCUGUGAGUAGUGAGGAUGAUGAGGACAAAGAUCAGGAACAUUUUCCUUGCUCGGUGUGUGGUAAAACAUUCUCUCGAAAAUGUUCUUUAAAAAGACACACAGAGACACACACACAUUCUGCCUGCUCAGUUUGUGGCAAAGGAUUCAUUGAUAAGUCACAUUUGAAAGAACACACAAGAAUACACACUGAAGAGAAACAGUUUCCUUGCUCACUGUGUGGUAAAAGAUUCUCUCAGAAAGGCAAUUUAAAAUUACACAAAAUUGUACACGCUGGAGAGAAACCUUUUCCUUGCAUGGUGUGUGGUAAAACAUUCUCCCAGAAAGGUAAUUUAAAAUUACACACAGUUGUACACACUGGCGAGAAACCUUUUUCUUGCUUGCUGUGUGGUAAAAGAUUCUCUCAAAAACGUAGUUUGAAAAUACACACAAGUGUACACACUGGAGAGAAACCUUUUCCUUGCACGGUGUGUGGUAAAGGAUUCUAUGACAAAUCUGGUUUAAAAACACACACAAGACUACACACUGGAGAGAAACCUUUUCCUUGCAUGGUGUGUGGUGAAAGGUUCUCUCAGAAGGGGAACUUAAAAAUACAUGAAAAUGUACACUCUCGAGAGAAAUCUUUUGCCUGCUCCGUUUGUGCUAGAGAAUUCACUACAAAGUCAAAUUUGAGAACACACACAAAAAUACACACUGGAGAGAAACCUUUUUCUUGUACAGUGUGUGGUAAAAGAUUCUCUCAGAAACGUAGUUUAAAAAUACACACAAGUGUACACACUGGAGAGAAACCUUUUUCUUGCACAGUGUGUGGUAAAGGAUUCUAUGACAAAUCUGGUUUACAAAUACACACAAGAGUACACACUGGAGAGAAACCUUUCCUUUGCACGGAGUGUGGUGAAAGAUUCUCUCACAAGAGUAAUUUAAACAUACAUACACGUGUACACACAGGAGAGAAACCUUUUGCAUGCUCAGUUUGUGCUCGAGGAUUCACUAAGAAGUCAUAUUUGAGAGCGCACACAAAAAUACACACUGGAGAGAAACCUUUUUCUUGUUCGCUGUGUGGUAAAAGAUUUUCUCGAAAAGUUGGUUUAACAACACACACAAGAGUACACACUGGAGACUAACUAGACCUGUCACGAUAACAAAUUCUGCUGGACCAUAAUUGUCCCACAAAUGAUUGCCGAUAAACGAUAUUAUCAACAUUAUUUUUAGACCAUUUUUUCAUUAAUGUAUUGAUAAUAUAUGGCUAACAAUGUGAGUACACUGUGUAAAAGCAAUGUAGUUUAAUUUCUACAGUAUAUGAAAUUUUAAUUGGAAUGUCAAGAGUUUCUAAAUAAAAUUAAUGAAACAACAUACUAAAUUAAACCCCAAUGAAUAUAAAAUAAGACUCUUCAUCUUUUAGCAAGAAUUUCACUUAAAUAAAAAUCACAAUCAAAAUAUAUCUGAUUUUGAAUCAGUCUUAUUUUUGUUAUUAAAAGCGGAGAAAUAACCCGGAAAUACUCAGAAGUUCAGCGUGUCAAUGGUAUAGUAUGUAUAUUUCCAUAUACACUUCCUUGAUUCACUGUUAGCAACGUUGUGUGUGGAAUACGCUGUUUACAUUUAAUGAAUUGUAACAUUUUGUUGGAGUUUGGCCAAAGUACCAUAUUUUCCAGACUAUAAGUCGCUAUGCUGAAUAAGGCGCACCAGCCAAAAAUGCACAAAGAAAACAUACCGUAUUUUCACGAUCAUAAAGCACACCGUACUAAAAGGCGCAGUCUCAGAGGUGCUAUUUUGGAUUUAACACAUACACAAGGCGCACCGUACUAUUGGGCGCAGGUAUGCACGGUAUUUUUACCGACUUAACAAACCCACUUGAAAUCACGAUGGUUAUCACUCAGCACAACAGUCUAAGUCAUGGUCCACAAUGAAAAACAUCACACAGCAACGCAAACACAGACAAGACAUUACCUCUACUUUUGCAGAACAAUAACUAACAACUAUGUAGCUCAAACAUGUAACUUUAAGAGCAUUUGCACCAAAAUACUACCGCAAAGCACGCUGAGGAACAGGAAGUAACACUACGCUACAAUUCGCUAGCACGCAUGCUAUUGUAUGUUUAGAAAAAGGCAGCAGAAGCAAAACUGAGUGCGGUAGUACUUUAUUGAAAAUAUAUUAUGUAACACUGUACUCACGUUAUUUAAUCAAGCGUCAUCCACAAAGCCAUCAAAGUCCUCAUCUUCUGUGUCCGAAAUGAACAACUGAGCAAGUUCUUCAUCGAACACGGCAGGCUCCCUCUCGUCAUUAUGAGAGUCAGUGUCGUUCCCGUGCGGCUCCUCAGAAAGAAUGCCGGCUUUCACAAAAGCUCGAACAACAGUGCAAGCAGAGACAUUAGCCCAAGCAUCCACAAUCCAGUCACAAAUUGUGGCUUAACUCGCACGGCGCUGCCUCCCAGUCUUUGUGAAGCUGUGCUCGCCCUCUGUCAAAUCAAAUCAAAUCAAAUCAAAGUUUAUUUGUAUAGCACCUUACAACAUCCCAAUGGUGCCCAAGGUGCUUCACAAGAGUUAAAAACACGCAAUAGCAAAUGAAAACAGGGUAAGAGCAAAUAAGGUAGAAUAAAAACAACUAAAACAAUAAAAUAAAAUAAAAAUACAGGCACAGAAUCACAACUAAAGUACAUUUCACCAUCAUGUGUCAUAAGCCAGUCUGAAUAAAUGAGUUUUUAAAAGAGAUUUAAAAACUGACAACUCCAUAGUAGAUCGUAGCGCAGGUGGGAGGGAGUUCCAAAGUGUGAGGGGAAAAUGCAGCAAAAGCACGAUCCCCCCCCCAUUUUUUGUAUUUCAUCCUUGGGACUUCUAAUGUUGUGUCUUGAGAAGAGUGCAGGGCCCUGGGGUGGUGACGGCCAUUUAAAAGCUCAGCCAAGUAUGCUGGAGCAAGUCCAUUAAUGGCCUUGAACGCAAAUAAAAGGACUUUAAAAUGUAUUCUAGACGUUACCGGGAGCCAAUGGAGAGAACGGAGAACUGGAGUGAUAUGGGUGUAUUUUGGAGCAUUAGUAAGAAGGCAAGCAGCUGCGUUUUGUACCAACUGGAGCCUGCGGAGGAGGUACUGAUUUACUCCAGUGUAGAGGGCAUUACAAUAAUCAAGCCUCGAGUUGAUGAAAGCGUGAAUCGCUUUUUCGAGAUCUGUACUAGACAAAAAUGGCUUUACCUUUGCCAGGAGCCUGAGGUGGAAGAAACUCGCUCUGACCACAGAAAUAAUUUGCUUGUCGAACUUUAGACUGUUGUCAAAAAACACAACAAGGUUUUUAAAGGCAGGAGCAAAAGGAGGGGUGGGGGUGUUAAAAUUGGUUUCACUGUGCGGUGAAUCAGGGGUAAAAACAAUGUACUCCAUUUUUCCUUCAUUUAAAUGAAGGAAAUUCUGAGACGGCCAUUGUUUGAUGUCAUGAAGGCAGCUAUGGGGAGGUCUAGUGCGUUCUUGUCACUGAGCAUUACUGGUAGGUAGAGCUGUACAUCAUCGGCGUAAAAAUUAAAAUGGAUAUUGUGUUUGGAGAUGAUUAGACCCAAUGGUAGCAUGUAUAGUGAAAAUAAGGUAGGCCCAAGGAUUGAACCCUGGGGCACGCCAGAAGAGAGGGGAGCGGUUUUAGAGGAGAAGUCAUUAAUCAUUACUGAAAAAGUCCUGUUGGUGAGAUAUGAAAUGAACCAUUUCAGCACAGAGCCACGUAGGCCAACACAGUGUUCAAGGCCGGAGAUGAGGACUGAGUGGUCCACAGUAUCAAAAGCAGCUGUAAGGUCUAAAAGCACCAGCACUACAGAGUUUUUAGCAUCAAGGGCUGUGAGGAUGUCAUUGUGUACUUUCAAUAACGCGGAUUCUGUGCUGUGACGGGUUAUAAAGCCUGAUUGAAAUUUGUUAGCAAUAUUAUGGAUAGAUAGAUAUGACCGGAGUUGUGAGAAGACAAGUUUCUCCAUGACCUUGGACAGAAAGGGCAUAUGUGAAAUUUGACGGAAGUUGGAUAGACUUGAUGGGUCUAGGUUCGUUUUUUUAAGAAGUGGUCGAACUACAGCUUGCUUGAGGGCAGUAGGGACAAUACCCAGCCUGAAGCAGCUGUUCAUAAAUAGAACAAGUCUGGGACCAAUGGCAUCUAUAACCUCCUUCAUUAUCCUUGCAGGGAUAACGUCUAGAGGGCAGUUGGUGGGGUUUAACUGUUGGACUGAUUUUUUUAAGAAGAGAAGUGGAGAUUGGCUCAAAGUUCUCAAAAGUGUGCUUUACAGGGGAGUCAGGCAGACUAGCAGAUGAGACCUUUGGGAUGGAUUGUCUGACUGUUGCAACCUUGUCCAUAAAAAAUUGAAGUGUACUACAUGUGUGUUCAGAAACAUCAUUAAAUACAGCAGUGACAGGGUUAAUAACAGAAUUAAUGGUGCUAAAUAGCACUCUGGGGCGAUGGCUAUUGCUAGAAAUUAUGUUUGAUAAAUAUUUUGUUUUUGCUUCCUUCAUGGUUUUAUGGUAAGUGGCAAGACUGUCCUGAAGAAGCCCAGUGGUACAGGAAGUCCAUCCUUCUUCCAUUUGCGCUCAGCCUGCCUACACUGCCGUCUCAGGAAGCGAGUGGUUUCAUUCAGCAAUGGUUCAGGUGUGAGUCUGGUAGCUUUGUCCUUAAAUGGUGCCACAGAGUCCAGGAUCUGGGAGCAUGUGGAAUGGAAAGAGGAGAGGAAGGUGUCCGGACACAUUAUAGGACUUAGGUCUGUGCCUGAAAAUGCAGCAGCAAAGUCAUUGGCUGUUGUGGAGGUGAUAACCCGGUGGCGGGAGGUGGGAGCAGGUUUCAGUACAGCUGGAGGUGCUAGCGUCUGGAAGCAAUCGAAGGAGUGAUCGGAAAUAAGAACAUUUCGUAUAUUAUUAACGGACACAGAUAGUCCAUGGGAGAUGACAAGGUCCAGUGUGUGCCCAAGUUGAUGAGUCCAACUGUCAUCCAACGCUCCCACGCCGCUCGCAACUUGACUUUAAAAGCCCUGUUGACGCCGAUGUCCAGCGGUUGGAGCUCCUUUGUCAAGCCUCCCGGAAUGAUGGCAAGCUCAGAGUUCAUUUGGUGCACUUGCCUUUUCACAGCGGCUGUUAGGUGGGCGCGCAUGGAGUCACAGAUCAACAAGGGUGGUGACGCGUGGAAAAAAAACAACCGGUCUCUUUAUGUACACGUCACUCAGCCACUCUUUCAUUUUCUCCUCGUCCAUCCAGCCCUUCUGAUUAGCCUUCACGAUGACUCCCGCUGGAAGCUUUUCCUUCGGCAGCGUCUUCCUUUUAAAAAUAACCAUGGGUGGAAGUUUCUGACCAUCACCAUGGAAACCAAGCACAACAGUGAAAGCAGACUUCUCGUGCCCCGUUGUGCGUAUAGCUACCGUCCUGGUUUCCUUCCUCUCAACUGUGUGGUUCACCGGGAUGUCAAAAGUGAGCGGCACCUCGUCCAUGUUGGUGAUGUGGUUGGGCUGGAUUUUUUUUGUCGGCGAUCUUUUGUACAGCAGAAGGAGCGGAAGGUGGCCACCUUUUCCUUAUAAUCCACCGGCAGUUGCUGUGCCACGGUAGUCCUUGUCCGGAUGGAUAGAUUGCACCGUUUCAUAAAACGAAAGCACCAAGACGGACCUCCUUGAAAAUGCUCAAUUUUCAUUUCUUCGGCAAGCUUUACUGCCGUCAGUCGAAUGGUGACUGUAGACACGCUUCUCCCAGCUGCUCUUUGAACGUUGAUCCAUUGCUCCAGUUGGUCUUCCAACUCCGGCCACCUCGCCUUGUUUCCGCGGAAACUCAGCGUCGUCUUCUUCACUUGGCGAAGCUCAUUUUCCUGCUUCCUCCAUUUGCGAACCCUGGAUUCGUUUACCUUAAAUUCUCUCGCGGCUGCUCUAUUUCCAUGUUCCUCAGCGUAACUGAUAGCCUUCAGUUUAAAUUGUGCUUCAUAAGCAUGUCUCUUUGCAGGUGCCAUUUUCGGGUGUUCUUCGCCAAACCAAUGUUGUUUUGCACAGUGCACAUACGGGCACGAUAUACGUACCUACUGGGGGCGUGUCUUUAGCGUCCUCUUUCACGCCCCACACUUCGCCCUCCUGUCCUGUGUCACAUCCGCAUUUGCUUUGCUGUCCUCAAUCACAUCCGCCUUUGCUCUAUAUAAGCAGCGUGUCGGCAGGCAAGGCUGCCAGUCAGUCAAGAGGAGCGCUCAUGAAAGUCACACAAACACUUGCCGGUACAAAAUUUUGGAACUCGGCGCACACAUAAGGCGCUUCGCAUUACAAGGCGCCCCGCCCAUUUUGGACUAAAUUUAAGACUUUAAAGUGUGCCUUAUAGUCGUGAAAAUACGGUAUUUAAGUCGCACUGGACUGUAAGUCGCAUUUUUGGGGGGGAAAUUUAUUUUGUAAAAUUAAUUGACCAAGAACCGAUAUUGAAAGGCAAGCUACUGUAUAGUAAUAAGUUCAUAAAUACACAGGACUUGAUGGAAAAUGUCCUUUGUGUCAAUAGAUGGUAAUCACAUGAGGUGCGGAUGUUGAGAGUGGCGUGGGAACUUUAGCCAUGGGAAGGAUGUAAAUUUUGGGACACAUCAUCAGUAUUGUACCUUUUGAAUCAGUGGGUGGCCUUUCAACACUAGACACCCUCAUCAAAGGCGGCCAACUACAGGGUAAUCAAGCCUGAGCCUGUGUCCCAGGCCCAAUUCUGAGUAAAGUAGUGCCUGGAAAGUGGAGGGAGAUGGGCUAGGCGGUAAGGUUCUGACCUGGGAAGAAGGGGGUGGGUUUAAAACUUCUUUAGGGUCGUCAGGUAGGUACCCUCCUUCAUUGGUGUUUUGACGAUAGGCCCACUGAUAAGCCCAUGACAUCCCCAGAGAGCUCAUCGGCAACACCUGGCAUCCCAGGUGUGUGCCCCCUCCAGCAAGUGUCCUUGCACUUCUACAGCUAUCUAUAGCCACUGGCUGCUUCUUUCGGCCUCUUCAGAGACUGAUCUUAUUGUCUGUCACAGAGCCUGUCCAUGAAUACCAAGGACUUUCAUAAGCCUGAUGGUGGAGGAAGCCACAAAACCUCUGCAUCCUACUUCAGCUGGAUAGAAAUUGGCCUUCCAUCCUCGUUGUUGUGCACCUGUUGCCAAAUCUGUAUAGCACAGUUUCUUUCGUUCGUAGGCCUCUUCGGUGGAAUCCUCCCAUGGGACCGUGAGCUCCAUGAUGUGGACCACCUUUAGUAAAUAGGCGUCUGUUAAUAUAACGUGAAUAGGUGGUAUGUUAACGUAACAUAAUAAAUUAAUAGUCAGAUAACUAUAGCCUAAACAACAUAACAUAACUAGUUUACUUGCAGCUUGUAGUCUGCAGAAUAUGAUUUUCUUUGUGGGGGCAUUUGUGUUCCGUCUUUCUCAGUUGUCUUUAUCAGCUGAUGUUUACAUUUUAAAUUUUCAGUGGUACAGGAGCGAUAGGUGUAGCAGAUACUGGCACACAAGCCUAGAGCUCCCUCUCGUGGCUGUCAGUGUGGAAAAAAAAAAACAAGUUGCUCCAGAGUAUCACAGAACCAGCCAAACCAUGGGGAAAAAAGUGUGACUUAUAGUCAGGAAAGUACAGUACUUGUUUUUGAUACAACAAAAUGCGUUUGGUGCACAACGAUGUGUCAUACUUCAAUCAUGGCAGCUGAAACGUAACUUCCACCGUUUUCUAUUAUUUAUUUCAUUGUCUUUGUCACAAACUUUAUGUCACAAAAUGACGAUGCACAAAUGGGCUAAAAUUGACAUCAGGUCUUGUUUUAUACACAUCAGGCACAAAGAAAGUAUUUGAUCGUGUAGCACACGACACAUGCAGCUCGCAAGAGACUGAAUGACUGACAGGAGGGUUCACUCACUCUGUUCAUUCCUCUAUAGAACCAAUGUGCCCGGGUGUUGAAUAUGAGAGAGGAGGAAAACAAACACGCAUGCACAUGUCAGUUUAUCAAGGCCGGCAAAAUUAUUGAGUUUGUUUUUAUUUAGCAUGCGGUUAAUUGAUUAUCGUGACGGACCUACUGGAGACAGACCUUUUCCUUGCAUGGUGUGUGGUAAAAGACUCUCUCACCAAGGUAUUUUAAUAAUAUACACAAGCGGACACACUGGAGAACCAUUUUACCUGCACAAUUUGUGCGAAAGGUUUCCUUUGGAAGGUAUCUUUGAUAAAACACACAAGAACACACGCUAGUAAAAACAAAUAACUACAGUUUUAGUAGUAAAGUUGUGUAAAAAACUUCUGACGUUGCUAAUUGAAAUAAUGAUGAAAUGUUAGCAAUGUUUUCUAUGUCCCUUGGACUCUUUUUCUCACGCUGAAGAUUCUCUUUAGACCGCCCACAAGCUCAUUGAUUGACUGUGCUGUUUCUUGCUAACUUGUAAUUGGCCGUCCCUAAUAUCCUGGAAUAUUCCUGGGUGAAUUUGAGUCCCCCCCCACUUUGGUUCUGGGUGGUGGUUCAACCAUUUGAAAUGAUUUCCUUUCAUUUUAAUAAAUACCAAUUUGUGUUAAUCCAUCCAUUUCUAUGCCUCUGACCAUAACAGUAAUCAUUCUUUCCAAUAUAUGAUGUGCUGUUAAUGUUGAAAUUGUAAGAAAUAAAUUUACACCAAGAAGUUUCAAUCAUCAGUAUUGGUGCCAUCUAUGUUUAUCAAAUUUAUAUCUUCUGAUAUCAAGGAAUGUGAAAUGUCCUCCAAACUUGUCUUCAAUUCAGUUUCUCGUAGAAAAAACAGUUUUGAGCUCAUGUCUUUUAUUUUGUUCAUUUAUUUAAGUUUGUUUUAAGUUGUUUUUUGUGUACCUCUGCAGUUGCAUGAAAUUAAAUGAAACUUCUUGAUAUAUGGACAAUAAAGUGUUUUGCGUUAAAAUCUAAAGUCUUCAUCCAUGUUGCAGUUUGGGGUUUACUCUUCCAAAGUUGUUGAAUUUUUUUAGGCUAAGUCAGGGUGCAAUUGAACUUGUUGCCCCUGAAACUUGUUCCUAACCUUUUUCACGAGCCCAACAGACAAUAGUCAGUCAAAGAUGGCGAAGAAAGAAAGAGAGCGAGAAAAAGAAGAGGGCAAAAAAAAGAGUGUUUGGUGAUGGUUUUUGUAUGCUACACACAUACAGUAAAUAUAUAUUAACACUUUUUUUUAUUGUACCUUGAAUGGGUUUGAACCUUAAUCACUAAGUUUAGACUCCUGAGUCUAAGUUCAGAUUCAGCUUUAAUAAAAGUGCAGUAACAGUAACCAAAUUUGUCACAAAAAUUCACUUUUUAAAGCCAUCUAACUGUAUUGUCAAUGCUUCGAUUGUCAAUGCUGAUUUUUUCAUCAAUAAGGAGACAAAUAAGCCAGUUGCCAAGCUUCUUGUCUUUUAUUUCAUACAUUUAGUAUGUGGUACUGGGGCCGCACGGUGGCCUAGUGGUUAGCAUGUUGGCCACACAGUCAGGAGAAUCUCCGUGGAGUUUGUGUAUGAAUGUGAUGAAUGAAUGUUUGUCUAUAUGUGCCCUGCGAUUGGCUGCCGACCAGUCCAGGGUGUACCCCGCCUCUUGCCCGAAGUCAGCUGGGGUAGGCUCCAGUAUAUCCCCCGCAACCCUAAACUAUCGUGUGUGAAUAGAAA